ACCUCCUAGGUCUCCUUCUCGCCAGAUCCGUCAAAACCAAACCCCCCCACAACGGCAGCCGAGAUUUCGUUCUGCCGAUCGGAACCCAAGUCUCAACUUUUCCAAUCCUCCUAACUCUCUGAAAAAAAAAAAAAACAUGGAGCCGGUAGGUCUUUCUUCUGCGAGCAGUAAAGAUUCGACAAGCUUGGAUGUUGGCUCUGAAAGAACCCUGUACCCAUAUGUGACUGGUACUUCAGUAUUAGGUGUGAAAUAUAAAGAUGGAGUUGCCUUGGCUGCUGAUUUGGGAGGAUCUUAUGGAUCUACUUUAAGGUACAAGAGCGUGGAGCGUAUAAAAGCUAUUGGUAAACAUACUCUUCUUGGAGCAAGUGGAGAAAUUAGUGAUUUUCAAGAGAUUUUGCGUUAUCUUGAUGAGCUUAUCCUGUAUGAUAACAUGUGGGAUGAUGGGAACUCACUGGGUCCUAAGGAGAUUCACAACUAUCUGAAUCGAGUGAUGUAUAAUAGACGCAACAAAUUUAAUCCUCUGUGGAACUCACUUGUUAUCGGUGGAGUGAAAAAUGGGCAAAAAUAUCUUGGAAUGGUUGGCAUGAUUGGUACACAUUUUGAGGACAACCAUGUUGCUACUGGAUUUGGAAAUCAUCUUGCAAGGCCAAUAUUUCGUGAUGAAUGGCGCGAGGACAUGACAUUUGAAGAAGCUGUUAGGCUGCUGGAAAAGUGCUUGCGUGUACUUUUAUAUCGUGACAGAUCAGCUAUCAACAAGUUCCAGAUUGCAAAGAUCACAGAUGAAGGGGUGACUAUAUCUCAACCCUACUCUUUGAAGACCUUUUGGGGGUUCUCUGCCUUCAAAGAUCCAACCAAGGGUGCUGAGGGAUCAUGGUAGACGCUUUAUAUCAUGCGUUUCAGCUAAACUUGAACGUCACAUAAAACUGAAGGUGUUGAAAAAGUACUGUACUUCUUAAAGUUGUGCUCCAACUGUUUUCUUUGUGAUGGUGAGGGGAUAUUGAAGAUGAUGCUGGAUAUUUACGUUAAGAUGGUAUGCCCAAAAUCAUGUCGUUGUGCUUGAUCAAUUCCAAGCUUAUGAGAGGUCAGCAGUGUUGUGAUGCUUGAAAUGAUUUUCAGACUGGUAGUUUGUCCAGAAAGAACCAUUUUAUUUGCCAGCGAAGGGCGGUAAUUUCUUCAUACGUUGGCUUACAA